AACAUGAAAAGCAUUUAUCUAUUUGUUACCUUAGCUAUUGUGAAUGUUAACAGUUAUGUUACUAAAAAUACAAAUUCAACAAAAUCACCGAAAGCUUCGAGUUCAUAUUAUAAAAUAAACGUGAAAAAAUAUGAAUCUUUGAAGACUUUUACGGAAGAGGAACGCGGAGUGUACCUAGAUGAUGUGUUAUUCGCCUUAAAGAGUCAUAACUGGACAUCAGAGGAAGUACCAUGUUUGAAACAGACAUUGCAAAUGAUGCAAAAUUUACAAAAUUUCACGCUUUGGGCUGUGUGGCAAUGGGAUUCAAUAUCAUCAGAACCGCAAGGUCUUCUUUAUGGCAAUCGCUUCCACUUAGGCAACUUCGAUCAAUGCAUGGACUCGCCUUGGCAUAAAAACUAUCCAGAUUUGAGGACCCAGUACUGCCUAGCUGAUAUCGUUCUAGAAAGAUCUGAUAGAACUCCUAGGAAACGAAACAAAGACCUUAAUGAUCCUUACCAAUCAGCUUUAGAUAUUAUUGAGCACCGAUCCUUGUUCAUGCGGCCAUUGAAUUACUUGACGUGGGGCCUAUGCGUACCAAGCACUUGCCAGCGGCAAUCUGUCCGGCGGCUGUUUGGCAUCUUGCUGGCACACAGUCACCUUGGCGCGGCCGGUCUACGCGCCAGGAUUGCCGUGCCAGAACCUUGCCAGAGCAGUGAAAAGCCGAGACAGUAUGAUGUUCUCUUCUAUUCUUUCAUUGCGUUUACGACUUUGUUUACUGCAAUUGUAUUAUUAUGUACAUACAUACGGCAACGGAGUAAAGAAUCCGACAGUAAUUCGAUGAAAAAUCAAGUCCUAAAAGCUUUGUGCCUAAGAAACAAUUAUGCAGAUAUUUUAAAAGUCAAUAAGGGUGGUUUGGAUGUAUUCUAUGGUAUACGCUUUUUGAGCAUUUGUCUUAUUACAAUGGACCAUCAGUUCGGCCUCGCCAACGGUGGGCCUAUUAGUAACGGAGUUCAAGUUGACGAGGAUGCGGUAUCGUUCAAGGGCCUUUUGGUACUUCACAACGACUUGUUCGUGGAUACGUUUUUCCUCCUAUCAGGUUUCCUCUCAGCAAAUACAUUGUCGGCUUUCAAGAAGCUGCCUAAUUUAUUUAUUAUCAUUCUAAAAAGAUACGUGAGAUUAAUAGUGGCUUACGCGUAUAUAAUAUUCUACAUCUGCUCUGUAUACCCGUUUACUGGGUCGGGACCUCUGUGGGGCAGAGCCAUAGCUUUAGACACCGACCAGUGCCGCAAGAAUUGGUGGCUCAGUCUACUGAUGCUCAACAAUUAUAUUGACUCCGAGAACAUUUGUAUAGUUGUAUCAUGGUACAUACCCUGCGACUUCCAUUUCUUCGUGGUUACGCUACUACUGUACUGGUUGUACAGAACUCAGCCGAAAAUGGGUGUUGCUUGUGCUGUUGUUGUUUCCAUCUGUGCUCUCAUCGCACCUGCAUUACUUAAUUAUUACCACAAACUACCACCAAUACAACUGUUCACGUACGAUUUCCUAUCGAGCCCAAGAAGUCAGCAGCAAUUCCAGUUAACUUACAUAAAGAGCCACACGCGCUACGCUGCAUACCUGGUGGGCUUCUUCAGCGGACUAUACUUUUCUCACUGCAAAGCAACCGGCAAUGUUAAAAGAAUAUCUCGCAAAUACUCCGUAUUGGGCGCUUGCUUAUCUUUAGUGGUAACAUUUGGAUUAAUGUUAUACGGGGCGACUUACGUAUGGCGCAGCUACGAGUGGGUGGCAGGCACUAUAUACGCUACUCUUGAGCGCCCUCUGUUCGCCAGUAGUAUUGCACUACUAGUCUUAUGCUGCUCUAUGGGACACGUACCUUUGAUAAAGAGCUUCCUAAGCUGGUACCCGUGGGUGCCACUGAGCCGGCUAAGCUACGGUCUGUACCUCACGCACACCAUAAUCAUUUCCCGCAACGUCUUCAGCACCAGAGUGUCACAGCGCGCUGAUACUUUCUUAUUCCUGACACAGACUUUAGGUGUCAUCAUGAUGGGUAGCAUUGCAGCGCUGUACAUUCUGCUUGUAUAUGAACUACCAAUAAACAAUUUACUUAAUUUGUGCUUCACAACAAAGAACAAAACAAAUGAAAACAAUCAUGAUGCAGAUUCACAAAAAAGAACUGACAACAGAGGCAUUUUACAAGAACAUCGACAUAGUCUUCCGUCUCCGGCCAGUGUUGUUUCUAAAUUUUAAUUUAUUAUAUUUU